GGCUGAUUUACAAUUUUUUCUCACAGCGUUCUCUUCCAGCAUUUUGUUUUUAAUAUUUUUCACCUCUCCACUCCGGGUGCGGCAUAAAGGGCGAGCGUACCUCUGUGAUUCUUUUUUUUUGGCACAGGGAACGAACACAGCGCCGCUUCGACCAGUGACUUUUUUUCAAGAGUCAAACAUCCUAGGCUCGAGUCUGCCAGACUAUGCCACACAUUGAUAGCCCUCCUCUGGCUCCCGCAAUGGCCUCGACUGUGGUACCAACAAAGUCUUCCUUCUCUGGUCUCCCUCCCACUACUGAAGAAGUGAGCGGGAUCCUCCGGACAAUCCUCGAAACAGAUUCUGCGCAGACCGCCCUCGAUGCUUCCUAUGCUCUCACGAACCUUCUCAUCCAGUCAAUAGGCAUCCGAGGCCUAUUAGGUUAUGAUUUGAUACCAGCAAUCAAGAAAGCGGCCGUUGAUAAGAAAAAUGGCUCCAAGAGAGAAAGCGCCAUGUUUAUGCUUGGUGCCAUGUUUGAAAAGUUUCCUCGGGAACAACCUAUUAGCGAAGUGGUCUUCCUUGUCCGAGAUGGCGGACUAGUUUAUCUUGUGCUCGAUGGGCUAGCAGACAAGGGGCCUUCUGUCCGAGAGUCUGCGCAAUAUGCGGUUGACGAGCUGUUCAAAAAUCUUGAACCCGAGGCCAUGGCUAUUGGCCUUCUUCCCGCCUUGCACCGCUACUUGUCAAAGACGACAGGAAAAUGGCAGGGCACUGUCGCUGCCUUCACUUUGCUGGGCAAGAUGGCCGAUAAAGCCCAGAUGGGAACAGGCACAAAGGAAGAGGAACAAGCAAAAGACGUCCUGCGAGAUGCAAUGGGCCGCACACUCAAGGAGCUAAUCCCAGUCGUCGAGGGCGGAAUGCAUGAUUUGAAGGCCGAAGUUGCCAAAGCAGCCACCAAAACGAUGACCUCCCUCACUACUCUAUUGCAGAACGACGACGUCGCUCCCCGAGUUCCUCUUUUAAUCGACACCAUGAAGAACCCCUCGGCGCAGACGCUACAGAAAGCCAUACACGCGUUGUCACAAACAACUUUUGUUGCAAUUGUCACCUCACCCGUCCUUGCGCUCCUCACUCCUCUCCUAGAGAGAUCUUUGAACACGCCUACUACCUCUCAGGAGGUGUUGAGACAGACCGUCGUAGUUGUGGAAAACUUGACCAAGUUGGUCCACGACCCCGAAGAGGCCAGAACUUUCUUGCCCAAACUCCAGCCGGGAGUUCAAAGAGUUAAGAAUGGGGCUUCCCUUCCAGAAGUUCGGGAGCUUGCCACGAGAGCCAACGAUGUCAUGAAGAAGGCCAUGGGUGAGGACAAGGACGGGGUGACCAACAGCCAGAUUACAAAGACAACGACGGAUGAUGUGCUGAAAGUUCUGGACAGCCAGCUUCGAGCUCAAGGCGGUCUUCAGAAGGAAGAUGCGGCCAUAUGGAAGGACGGUCAGAUUUAUGUGUCUGAGAUGGUCCGAGAAGAUGUCAACAGUCGCAUGUUCUCACGCAUCCCCAACCGUGUUGGUCCUUAUCUCAAAUAUAUGCUGCCCGAUGAGAGCUGCUCCGCUGUUGCCGAAGGCGUGCAGAAGUAUUUCCUCGAUGAAGAUCAUAAAAAAUUUGGAGCACCAGUGGUUGAAGACCCUAACGAGGUUGAAAUUGUCAACGCGGACUUCUCGCUCGCAUAUGGUGGCAUGUUGCUGCUUUCCCACACCAACCUUCGUCUCUUGAAGGGGCAUCGUUACGGUCUGUGCGGCCGUAACGGUGCUGGCAAAUCGACCUUGAUGCGAAGUAUCGCUGAUGGGAAACUGGAAGGUUUCCCUUCCAAGGAUGUCUUGAGAACGUGCUUUGUUGAGCACAACCAAGGCGAAGACGCCGAUAUUAGCAUCCUAGAGUAUGUUGCGAAAGACCCCGAAAUUGCAAAAGAAGGUCGCGAACGAAUCUCCGAAGUCCUGAGCGAAGUCGGCUUCACCGCCGGGCCAGAGGGCAGGCAGUCACACAAGGUCGGCUCACUGUCUGGCGGUUGGAAGAUGAAGUUGGCUUUGGCCAGAGCCAUGCUCAUGAGAGCCGAUGUUCUCCUGCUUGAUGAACCUACCAAUCAUCUCGACGUCGCCAACGUCAAGUGGCUUGAAGAGUAUCUGCAAAAACAUUCUGAGAUCACUUCAUUGAUCGUGUCUCACGACUCCGGAUUUCUGGAUGCCGUCUGUACCGACAUUCUUCAUUACGAGCAGAAAAAGCUGGUUCAUUACCAAGGAAAUUUGGCAGCUUUCGUCAAGGUCAAACCCGAAGGCAAGAGUUACUAUACUCUAUCCGCCACCCAGGUGCAAUUUAAAUUCCCUCCUCCCGGAAUUCUCUCUGGCGUCAAGUCCAACACUAGGUCCAUCAUCCGAAUGACCAACGUCAGUUACACGUAUCCCGGGGCCUCAAAGCCAAGCUUGCAUGAUGUUUCUUGCCAAUUGAGCCUGUCCUCCCGGGUCGCCAUCAUUGGUGCCAAUGGCGCAGGAAAAUCGACGUUGAUCAAGAUGUUGACGGGUGAAGCGAUUCCCCAAACUGGCAAGGUCGAGAAGCAUCCCAAUCUACGUAUCGGUUACAUCAAGCAACACGCACUUGAACACGUUGAAAUGCAUUUGGAGAAGACACCAAACCAGUAUCUGCAAUGGAGAUACGCCAACGGAGACGACCGAGAGGUUCUCAUGAAAGCCACCCGCGUGCUCACAGACGAAGACAAGGCACAGAUGGACAAAUGGGUUGACCUUGGGGACGGCAAGGGUCCUCGACAAAUCGAGAACUUGAUGGGUCGACAGAAGUACAAGAAGACAUUCCAGUACGAGGUCAAAUGGCGCAACAUGCUUCCCAAGUUCAACAGUCAAGUGUCGCGCGAAAGUCUCCUGGAAUGGGGAUUCCAGAAGCUGAUUCAAGAAUUUGACGACCAUGAAGCCUCGCGUGAAGGUCUCGGCUACAGAAUCCUGGAGCCCAAGGUCAUUGCCAAGCACUUCGAAGACGUCGGCUUGGAUCCUGAGAUUGCCAAUCACAACGAGAUCUCCGGGUUGAGUGGUGGGCAAAAGGUCAAGGUUGUGUUGGCUGGUGCCAUGUGGAACAAUCCUCACUUGCUCGUGCUGGACGAACCUACCAACUUUUUGGACCGAGACUCUUUGGGUGGCCUGGCCGUGGCCAUCCGUGACUAUAAAGGUGGUGUAGUCAUGAUCAGUCACAACGAGGAAUUCGUUGGGGCUUUGUGCCCCGAGCAAUGGCAUGUCGCUGAUGGCAAAGUCAUGCACAAGGGCCACCUCGCCAUCGAUCUCAAUCGAUUCGAGGAUUCGCGACCAGGGUCCAGCAACGUCAGCUCUGUUGUUUCUAGCGCCAAUGCAUCUGCCACCAACUCCGGCGUAGAAGAUAACAGCGAAAUGAAGUUCAAGGCGAAGAAGAAGAAGAAGUUGACGCGCGCACAAAUGAAGGAGAGAGAAGUUCGACGAAGAUUACGACAUAUUGAAUGGUUAAAUAGCCCCAAGGGCACUCCUCACCCUCCAGACACGGAUGAUGAGGCGGAGUAGAUGAUGAGCAAUGUGGUGAACACUUCCGGUGUUUUUCAAUAGAUCAUAGCGUUGGCGUUAUCAUAGAUGAGUGGUCUGGUUAUUCGAAGCAUGGGUCCAAAAAGAUAGAUGGGUUGAUGGAAUACGAUUUCGUAUGCGUGCAUGGGUGUCGAUUUUUCGCAUGAGGCUGUCGAGGACAACCCCCCGGCUUUUGCAAGAUUGGUUGAUAUAGGGUUGUCUACGAGGAAACUCCAGGAUAAAUGAAGGAUUUCCUUGUGGUUACACAGGCCUAUAUCGUGUCUUCUCCUAUGUUCAGAUUGGUGAAGCAGCAUUGUGGGAGUCUUGAACGUAGAGAUGAUCUCCAUAUCUCUUGAUGAUGACGUCGACCUCGGUUACAAUUAGUUUCAUCACUUGAAGCAAUACAAAAAAAAUAUUUACUUCUCCA